CCUCUAUGCUUUCCCUCUAAAAAAUUAGCUGUAAGCUGCAAAAUAAAUAAUGGUGGUGAGAGGAGAAAGAGCAGACGCACAACUUAAUACAUAGACGGAAAAAAAAAGAAAAAACAGAGUUUCUGGCUAUUUCUUUCCCUGUUUCAAAAUUACAUCAUUUUCUUCCUGUUUCACGAGUUCUCCAGAUCCUUGAAUUCCACCAAACUCUCACUUCUCGAGAAGGAAAGCUUUUAAACUCUUCUUCUUUUUCACGUUCUCGGGAUUUGCAGAGAUUUUACAACAGGAGAUGGCAGCAGAAAGAGAGAAUUUCUAUCUUCCUUCCUCACUCUGUUAUUAGCAAUCAGCCCUCUCUGUUUGGUUGCCGAGAAAUAUAUUUCCAAAAACCUUCUGCUUCAUAGCGGGAUUCGUCUCCCCUGCCGUGAGUUCUUGAGUUCGAGUCCCACCCAGAGCCAAUUGAAAUUAUUUCUUGAGACAGAUUGGUUUUGCAGGGGAAUAUUUGUGAGAACAGAGAAAAUGAAGAAUUCUGUUUCGGAACAGAGCUUUUACAUAGAGAGCGAUGAGGAGGAAGAACAGAAGGAGCUUAACAGAGGUGGAGAAGGUGAAGAAAACGAUGAAAAUCCAUCAGAUUCUGAUAAUUCUUUAGCCGAUAACCGGCAGCAAAGCAAAACUGGUUCUUACAAUACUACUUGGCCUCAAAGCUACAGGCAGUCCAUUGAUCUAUAUAGCAGUGUACCAUCUCCAAGUAUUCUUCUGGGAACUCCUACACUGUCAAGAUUUGGGAGUUCAUUCUUAUCUUCUUCCCUAACAAGAAGACACACCCCUGAAACACUCCCUUUUGCGACAGAACCUUUAAUAUCAAAGGCAGAAGAUGAGAAGUUGCCUCAACAAAGGCGCAGUUCUCAUGCUCUCCUUCCUCCAAUUCCCCAUAGAAGAUCUUCAAUUAGAAAGGGUGAGAAACCAUCCCAGAUUUCACAUGAACUUCCCAUUUCUCGCCAUAGCUCCUAUGGACAAGCUGUUCUUAAUGGCAUGAAUGUGCUGUGUGGAGUUGGGAUCUUGUCCACUCCUUAUGCUGCCAAAGAAGGAGGAUGGCUUGGGCUCUCUAUAUUGCUCAUAUUUGCAGUGCUUUCCUUUUAUACCGGCAUGCUCUUGCGUUACUGUUUGGAUAGUGAACCAGAGCUUGAAACAUACCCCGACAUUGGUCAAGCUGCAUUUGGCACUGCUGGUCGGAUUGCCAUAUCUAUAAUUUUAUAUGCGGAGUUAUAUGCUUGUUGUGUUGAAUAUAUAAUUUUGGAGAGUGAUAAUUUGUCCUCCUUAUUUCCAAGUGCACAUUUAAGUCUGGGUGGAUUGGAGCUAAAUUCACACUACUGCUUUGCUAUUCUGACCACCCUUGCUGUUCUUCCAACUGUUUGGCUUCGAGACCUCAGUGUGCUUAGUUUCAUCUCUGCUGGUGGAGUUAUUGCAUCAGUUCUGGCGGUCAUCUGCUUAUUUUGGGUUGGUCUGGUUGAUCAUGUUGGUAUUCAUAGUAAAGGGACAGUACUGAACCUUGGAACUCUUCCAGUAGCUAUCGGUCUCUAUGGUUAUUGUUAUUCAGGACAUGCUGUUUUCCCAAACAUCUACACUUCAAUGGCACAACCUAACAAAUUCCCUUCGGUCCUUUUAACAUGCUUUGCUAUUUGUACUCUAAUGUAUGCUGGAGUUGCUGUUAUGGGAUACACCAUGUUUGGAGAAUCAACAGAAUCUCAAUUCACUCUUAACAUGCCUCAAGAUCUAAUCGCCACAAAGAUUGCUGUGUGGACUACGGUAGUGAAUCCAUUUACCAAAUAUGCACUAACCAUAUCUCCAGUGGCAAUGAGUCUUGAGGAAUUGAUACCAUCAACCCAUGUCAAGUCACACAUUUAUGCUAUCUGCAUCAGGACAUCCCUGGUUAUCUCUACCUUGAUUGUUGGUCUCUCCAUUCCUUUUUUUGGGUUGGUGAUGUCUUUGAUUGGAUCUUUGCUCACAAUGCUAGUAACCUUGAUACUUCCUUGUGCUUGUUUUCUGAGCAUCUUAAGGGGUAAAAUAACCAGAUUUCAGGCUGCACUCUGUAUUAUUAUCAUCAUAGUGGGGGUGGUAUCAUCAGCGUUUGGAACCUACUCGGCCCUCUCCAAAAUUGUUGAGAGUUUGAGAAGAUGAAUUUUUGUGUUUUGUCUCCAUCAGUAAAGAGUAGAUCUUGAUUUUGUAUACUUUCCAAAUUCCUGGAGGCUUUUUUUUGUUAUUUAUUUUUCUUUAAAUUGCAUCCCCAGUUCCCUUUAAAGAAUUUGUAGUCUGCAAUUUUGGUAUGUCUAUCGAGUAUUAUUCACAAAAUUGGAAAUGGUUGCCAUUUAGUAAUCAAAAAAUUCUUACUUGCCUCUA